AAGGAUUCAAAUUCAUCAAAAGAUCACAUGGAUACAACAACGUACCAAGGAAGGCCAACUGAUGGAUGCCAAGGAUUCCGAGGAUAUAUCACCUUAUCUCAUUUGCUUAUAUUUAUUGCCCUGGAUAUCCAGUCUAUCUCCCUGGCUACAUAUCACCGUCAAUUUCCACCGGCUCUGAUGCAUACACCACGACAUAUUCCACCUGGUACUUCACUGGAUGCUGUUGUUUUGCUUCACUUUUUUUGGUGUCUCUGUUUUGCUGCAAUUGUAAAUGUUCUAUCAGUAUAUGUAAAUCAUACUAACCUAGAUGUUGUGUAGCGGUUUUCACUCAAGAACCCCAUUCCAAGGAACAACCGGAUUUUCUUUGCGUCAUACAGAACCUACCAAGGGACAAUACAGUGGAUUAUCCUGGAACGGAAAGAGUGAGGGAUUACAGUACUCACCCCGUGAAUCUACUUCCCAAGGACCCAAUGGAUUUUCUGAUUCUUCUCUCUAUAUCCCAGUGGCUCAUAUGACAAGUCAACGGUGGCCCGCCGAUUUGACUUCAGGUCUUGAGUCAGAGGAAAUGGCCCGCUUUCCAUCCAAGGAUUCAUCAAGGACAACUCAGUCAACAUCAACAACUGAGUCUAUGCCAAUGGGAUACUUACCCAAUGUCUCUCAAUAUCAAAUGACAUCUGCAAGAUCAGAUAACACAGGUAGAUCAGCUAGUCCAGCCAACACUCUUCUGUAUACCCCUACAGCACAAUUUGAUUUUCAAUCUGCAUUCGACACUUUCCACUACCCAGGAGGAGAUGAAUCAGCCGGAAAUGAUUACCAAGUACCAGUUACCAGUGGAUUCCAGCAGCCGCCAACUUUGUCGUUGACAACAGGAGGAUUUGACAUGUUUUCCAGCGCCCAUGGACUACCUACAAGUAUGACAGCAGCUCCAAGCUCUAUUUCCAGUUAUGUUCACAUCGCACAAGAUUCAGUUUUCUUCGACAGCCCUGUCUUGGGAUCUCCAGAUAUGUGGGAGACUGCUUUACUUGAAUCUUCUAAACCACACACACCUAUUGCCGAGGAUUCGUGGGCUCUGCCACCACAAAUGAUGUCUUCGACAAAUAGCCCAUUGGACUACUCCCCAACCGAAGGCCGAUCACCAAGGUAUGUUCAAGGCCUUCCAGAUUUCGUGGAUUCACCUCCUUACAAGAUCGGCGACAGGACUAUAAGGAAGCCAAUGGGACCCAGAGCUUCCAAAGUAGCUAGUGACACGAAUUCUAGACGUGUCCUUGGAACUGAGACAGAGGAGUCCUUCAAGUUGAUGGGACGUUCCAGUCUCGAUGCUGAUAACUCGGCACGUGAUCAUCAUUUGUACCACAAUGUAACGACUCAAUCCGAUGGAUUAUACCACUGCCCGUGGGAAGGAAACGCAUCAUGCCAACACAAGCCAGAAAAGCUUAAGUGCAACUACGACAAAUUUGUCGACUCUCACCUGAAGCCAUACCGUUGCAAGAUCGCUGCAUGUGCAGACAACAAAUUUUCCUCCACAGCAUGCUUACUCCGCCACGAGAGAGAAGCCCACGCCAUGCACGGACAUGGAGAUAAGCCCUUCCUCUGCAAGUAUGACGGAUGCGAGCGCGGCGUCGCUGGCAAUGGCUUUCCCCGUCGCUGGAAUCUUUAUGACCACAUGAAGCGCGUACACAACGACCCAUGCACAUCCAGGAGUGCCGGUGGUUCCCCACCACCUACUGAGAAGCCAGCCACUGGCUCCAAGAAGCGUAAGCAGGAUGCCAUCACGGAACCAAGUGCCGUGGAUAAGGAACCAGUCAAGAGAGUCAAAUCUCCAGUUGUUAACCAGCAACCAUCCUUGAUUGAAAUCUACCACCAAAGUGAACAGCGACUCCAGGAGGCUGUGAAGCAAUUGCAUGAUCCCAAGAGUGCAAACGGAAUGACCAACUUGAGAAAUGCCAGUGACUGCAUCAAGAUGAUGGCACAGACUCUUCAAAAGAUUAAUCAGGCAUCUCCAGCCAUGAGCCGUACCUUCAGCCAUGGAUCCAUGGGUUGAGUGGAUUAUUCACUUUAAUACAAUGAGAAUUGUUCUACCUACGACGAGUUAUGUCCACAGUGAUAUUUUCCCCGCAAGGAUGCCAACAAAGCGGAUCCAGCCCGCUCAGGAAAUUCCGUCAGGAAAUCUCCCGGACAUUACAAUAUUCGACGGAAUGGAAAGUCAUGGAGCCAGUCAUGCAUACAUACCCCAGAAUUGAGGAGCCAGCCACAAGGAUCCUUUCUUUAUGCCAGUGCCAGGAAUUAGUGUCUCGGAGUCGACAGUACCAGUCUGUCUCUUUGAACUACAUUAACAAAAUAUUACAAACCCUGGAUUUUGCAUGCUUUUCAUCGAAUAAAUAGAUGUCAAUCUACGAGGCUAGGUUGCCGAUAGAAGAAUUGAGAGAAGUACGUACCAUGGGGAAGGGGAGGGGUCAUAUCAGAGAUGAAAAGUAAAAAAGUGGCAUUUUUUAUUUUGGGGUUUUGAUUAUAGGACUUGUUCGAUAGACUCGUCUUGGUUUGGGAGGUAUGGAUAGGUAUAAAAGCUUUAUAGCAAACACAGCAGGCCAACUGGCAUCUUUUGGAAAGGACUUGGGAGGAUAGAUACCACUGGGAUUUGGGAACUUGAAGGAGGACCUUUGAAAUUUAGAUAGAUACCUAGGAGUUUUGGCGGAUUGUAUUGGACAAUAUCGGAUAAAGGAAUGGGAAUGAAAGUUAUGUUUUAUAGAUUUGAUUGUGCUAUGGGAUAGUGUACUAGAUAGUUAGAAGGAGCUUGGAUCAGUGAUUAUCCCGCCCGGAUAGUGAAGAGGGUGUAUAGAAAAUAGGAUCUGUAGUACCCAUCCGUAUAUACAUAAGGAAAUGA